CACACAGAGGCACGCUUCACUUCAGAUUCUAAGAUGGCCGACAUUGACAAUAAAGACCAGGCUGAGAUGGACCCUGCAGACAUGGAGGACGUGGAGGACGUGGAGGAGGAGGAGACCGGAGAGGACGUCAACAGCAAAGCUCGUCAGCUGACCGUGCAGAUGAUGCAGAACCCACAGAUCCUGGCUGCCCUGCAGGAGAGGCUGGACGGUCUGAACGGGUCUCCAUCUGGGUACAUCGAGAGUUUACCCAAGGUUGUCAAGAGACGCAUCAAUGCCCUGAAGAACCUGCAGGUCAAAUGUGCCCAGAUCGAAGCCAAGUUCUACGAAGAAGUCCACGAACUGGAGAGGAAGUACGCCGCCCUCUACCAGCCGCUCUUUGACAAAAGGAGUGACAUUUUGAAAGCGGCCUACGAGCCAACGGACGAGGAGUGUGAAUGGAAGGAGAACGACGACGAAGAGCUCACCGAUGAGAUGAAGGAGAAGGCCAAGCUGGAGGAGGAGAAGAAAGACGAGGAGAAGGAGGACCCCAAAGGCAUCCCCGACUUCUGGUUAACUGUUUUCAGAAACGUGGACCUGCUCAGUGACAUGCUGCAGGAGCCGAUCCUCAAACAUCUACAAGACAUCAAAGUCAAGUUCUCUGACCCGGGUCAGCCCAUGAGUUUCUCACUAGAAUUCCACUUUGAACCCAACGACUUCUUCUCAAACACAAUACUGACAAAAACCUACAAGAUGAGAUCAGAGCCCGACGAGAGCGACCCGUUCUCCUUUGAUGGACCGGAGAUCAUGAGCUGCACCGGGUGUACGAUUGAAUGGACCAAAGGGAAGAACGUCACGUUGAAAACAAUUAAGAAGAAACAGAAGCACAAGGGGCGGGGCAUGGUCCGAACAGUCACCAAAACAGUUCCCAACGACUCCUUCUUCAACUUCUUCGCUCCACCUGAAGUCCCUGAGAGUGGAGAGUUGGACGAAGACUCCGAGGCAGUACUAGCGGCCGACUUUGAGAUCGGCCACUUCAUCCGUGAACGCAUCGUGCCCCGGGCCGUGCUGUACUUCACCGGCGAGGCCAUCGAGGACGACGACGACGACUACGAUGAAGAGGGUGAGGAGGCAGAUGAUGAGGAAGGUGAGGAGGAGGCGGACGAGGAGAACGACCCUGACUAUGAUCCCAAGAAGGAUGCAGCCCAACCAGCGGAGUGUAAGCAGCAGUGAAGCCCAGCCCGCGUGUCUGUCUGGAGGAUCACCUGCACUGUAACCUGGCUACUCCAGUUAAAAACCUGAAAAAAAAAAAAAAA